CGCAUUAGUUAACGAACUGGUAUGUGCGACGGACCUAACGCAUGGGUGAAAUAUAAUACAAAUUAAUAUAUUAAAUAUAAUAACACAAUUAAUACGAUAUAUUAUUAUAACAAAAAUAAUGUCUUAUUGUGAGUUAUUGUUGGUUUGCGUGGGUGUCGUUUUAUUCAUCCACGUCUUCGAGGUCACGUCCGUUGAUAYAGAGAGUUCGGCGGACAACGGCUUUCCGAAGACAUGGUUCGCGAAGCUCUUCUACGAGACGCUGAUCGACUUCAACGGGCCCAGAGACGUAGGCAGCACGGCGUGUCGCCAACAGACGCAGAUGUACACCAGACACUUGGAAAACGAUUCACUGUGGGCGGUGCAAACGUUUGUAGAUCAUGACAAAGAACUGCGUAGAAAUAUCGUGAAUUUCGGCAUUUGCAUACCGGACUCCUGCACCGCUUCUGACCUCCAGGUUACGCUACAAAAAGAAUUUGAUAAACACUUCCUACCACACCAGGUUAAAGCUGAAGUCCAAGUUGAUGCAAUAUUGUGUUCGAAGGAUAAGGACGAAUAYCCGUAUGAUACCGGAUAUUAUUUAACCAGUUCACUAGUUGGAUUCAUAUUCUUGAUCUGCUGCUUAUCGACGGCGUACCAUUUGAUAAUAUAUGGUGACAACAAUAAAAAUAGUGAAAUGCCAGAAUUAUUCGGCUCAUUCUCGUUAAUUCGCAACUACAAAGAUUUGAUCAAAUACAACAAAAACAACGAUUUAAACAUAUUCAACGGGCUUAAAGUUGUUAUCAUGAUAUUAGUGUUGUUUUGCCAUAAAUUUUUAUACUUUGUAAUAAAUCCUAUCGAGAACGGAAUUUACCUUGAAAAGAUGUAUGAGGGCGGAUCGGAUUUCUUUUUGACGGCCAUGAAUUUGAUCGAUCCGUUUUUUUACAUUGCCGGUUACUUGAUGUAUAUCAUGUUGAUUCCGCGAUUCAAUAAGCCCGGCACCAGUUGGUAUCAGAUACUUAUGGUGAUCGCUUACAAAUACUUGAGGGUUAUGCCGGCGUAUGUGGUUGUGAUGUUGAUGACAGCUUUCGUCAUUCCUCAUUUGGGCGACGGACCGUUUUGGGCUUCAAGAAUAUGGGUUGAAGCUGAUAAAUGCAAAAACUAUUGGUGGGCUAAUUUAUUGGUAGUCAGCAACUACAUACCAGUCGAAAACCAA